AAUGAUCAGCAGCACUAGCACAUUCUAGCCUCUAGCCUCAGCGCGUGUAUCCCCACACACCAAGCGCGUGCUCCAAACACCUCCACCUUCCCUCUUGCCUUGAGAAAGGGGGUAUCUCACCGUAUACACCCCCCACACCUUUCUCCCACACAAACACACAGACGCACCGAAGACGAAAUCGACGAACAAAUCGAACGAUGAAGGUUUUUGUGAAGACAUUGAAGGGCACGCACUUCGAAAUCGAAGUGAAAGGUGAAGAUACGGUCGCUGAUGUGAAGAAAAAUAUAGAAACUGUUCAAGGAUCAGAUGUUUAUCCUGCUGCACAACAAAUGCUUAUUCAUCAGGGUAAAGUGCUUAAAGAUGGCACCACCUUGGAAGAGAACAAAGUUGCUGAAAAUUCUUUUAUCGUCAUUAUGUUAUCUAAGAGUAAGGUACCCUCUGGCCAAACUUCAACAGCAGCAACUGCCCCUAAGGCACCUCAGACAAGUGCCACUCCCCCUGCACCGGCUGUCACUCAAGCUCCUCCUCCAGCUGUGACACCGCCUGCAGUUGUUCCUUCUGCUCCAGAUUCAGUAACUAUUUCGAAUGCUCCGGCGGAGAAUGUAUAUGAUCAAGCAGCAUCAAAUCUUGUUGCUGGAAGCAAUUUGGAGGGUACAAUCCAGCAUAUUCUCGAUAUGGGUGGUGGGACCUGGGAUCGCGAUACAGUCGUUCGUGCUCUUCGUGCUGCUUUCAACAAUCCGGAAAGAGCUGUCGAGUAUCUGUAUUCUGGUAUUCCUGAGCCAGCCGAGUUGCCUCCAGCUGCAGGGGCUUCACCGGUGCCAGGUGUGCAGGCAGUGAACCCCCCUGCUCAGGCCCCGCCAGCUACACAACCAGCAGCUGUGCCUUCUGCUGGACCAAAUGCAAAUCCGUUGGAUCUCUUUCCUCAGGGUCUUCCUGACAUGGGUGCAAAUGCUCCUGCCGGUGCCGCUGGAAACCUUGAUUUUCUCCGUAACAGUCCGCAGUUUCAAGCACUACGAGCUAUGGUGCAAGCUAAUCCACAAAUACUGCAGCCAAUGCUGCAAGAGCUGGGGAAGCAAAAUCCUCACUUGGUGAGACUCAUUCAAGAGCAUCAGGCUGAUUUUCUUCGAUUGAUCAAUGAGCCCGUUGAAGGCGGAGAAAAUGUACUUGGAGAUCUCGCUGCAGCAAUGCCACAGGCGGUGACUGUUACACCCGAGGAACGUGAAGCCAUUGAACGGCUUGAAGCUAUGGGAUUCGAUAGAGCGCUAGUAUUAGAGGUGUUUUUCGCGUGCAACAAGAACGAGGAACUGGCAGCCAAUUACCUAUUAGAUCACAUGCACGAAUUUGAAGACUAGUUAUAGUGUUGGUUGAUAAAAUGGUAAGUAAUCGAUCCCGGUGGUUAUUUUUCCGGGUUCUUUUUUAUUUCCGAGCUGCGGAAAUAUGGAGGGGUGUCAGGAAAGACCAUAAUUGGAUUGUAACUGGAUUAUCUCGUCUCGUAUUUAAUUCGCACUUGCUUUGUAUUUUGGACUUUGAUAUUUUGUCUUUGUAUGACAAUAGUGGUGUUGGUCUCUUCA